UUUAAUUACAUAAGUUUUACCUUAAACAAAUGUUUAUUUAUUCUUUUGUAAUGAUUUUUAUAACAAAUAAAUCUAUGAAUAAAUUUAAGAUAUUAGUGAGAAGGUUUAGAAUGUUGCUGACUUUCCCAAGUUUAACUAUAACUUUUAAAUAGAUGAAUUUAAUAAAAUAAUGAGUUACAGAGAUCCAUUUUCUGAAAAUGAACAAAGAAUUGAAUAUAUUUAUGAAAUCAAAUUUAAAUACGGAUAAUACAUUUAAAAAAUUAACCAAUAAGAAAGUAAUCUAACAAGCCUCUACUUAGUUUCGAAUACUUAUUAUAUUUUUUUAUUUCAAAUAAACGAUCAAGACAGUAUCUAUUAGUAUUAUUAUUAUGAAACGGCACCACAUAUAGAAAAUUUAUCUAAAAAAAUACUAAUAUAAUAUAUGAUAUAUUUUUAGUCAGCAGUAAUGUUUAUUCUAUUGCUUACUUUCAGUCUUUUAAUACUUAGAAAAUAAAAGAAGAGAAAAGAAAUAGUAGCUCGAAUAGAGGAUUUGAUAUUCAAAUAAAUGAUUAAAAUAUCUAAAUAAGAAUUUUAAAAGAAAUAUGAACUAGAUUAUAGAGACUCUCUAGGUAGUGGUAGCUACGGACAGGUUUUCAAAGUUAAAAACAAAUACAAAGACAUUAUCAAAAAUCCUGAUAUUUUACAAGAUAUGCCUAAUUACUAUGCCUGUAAGCAAAUACAUAUGUUUUAAGAUGGAGAAAACUAAAGUUCAUAGAUUUUUCAUGAAAUCGAAGUGUUGGAAAAGUUAAAGAAAUAUGAAAAUGUGAUUAAAUUACAAAAUUAUAUGACUGAAGAAAGGUCAAUGUAUAUUAUCUUAGAUUUAGCAGAAUCCACUUUAUAGGAUGAAAUAAAUAGCAAGUAGGCUAAUUUAGAAAAGUUUGAUGAGAGUGAGAUUGUGAAAUUUUUAAUCUAAAUAGGAAAAACUUUAGCAUUAAUAUAAAUUGAAGAAUAGAUAGCUCAUAGAGAUAUUAAGCCUUCAAAUAUACUUAUUAAAGAUAAAAAUUUUUAUUUGUCUGAUUUCGGAUGUGCUGAAAAAUUAUUUGAAUCAGAAGGGGCCAGAAACAAUUUAGUCAUGGGAACUUUGAAAUGGAUGUCACCUGAAUUAAAAGAAAUGAAGAAAAAUCAAGCAGUUGACUAUUUCAAAAGUGAUAUAUUUAGCUUUGGGAUGUUAUUGCUUUAUAUGCUUACUCUUUCAGACAUUUCUUCUGUAAACUCUGAUGAGUUUACUAAAAGCCAAAAGAUAAGAAUCAUGAAAAAUUAUUGUAAAGAUAUUUCUAAUGAAAUUAUUUUACUGACAAGUAAAAUGUUAGAAACGAAUCCUGACAAUAGGCCUGACGCUGCUAUAAUAAUUAAUACAAUUUAAGAUAUAGAAAAUGACUUUAAAUAAAAAAAUAAAAUAAAAUAAUAAUGA